CCUUCCCAUGCAGAAGCCCCAAAUUCUCUCGUCGCUUACAAAACAAAACCAUGAACCCCCGAUCAAGGGCGAUAGCCAAGGCUAAGGCCAGGGCUAAGGCCAAGUCCAAGUCCCUAGCCGGACCAGGAUCCGGAUCCCGGCAGGAGAAGAUUCCAGGCCAACGGACGAAGCUAGGAGAUGGCCCCUCCUCUCAACUCAAAAAUGAAAAGGCUGUUGAAGAGAAUCUGGCUAAAGUCCAACUUGACGAGGAGAAUACUACUACUCCAAAACCAAAACCAGAAGAGAAGAAAAUGAGCAGGGCAUUCACAGCUGAGAAACCUUUCAGAUUCCAAUUCAAACACCCUUGCGAAGUUUGCAAUGUGUUUGGCCACUGGAGUGAUAAAUGCCCCUACCUGAAACGUAUACCAGACAAUGUAACUGAGGUUGGCAAGGGCUACAGAAUAUUGGAUGGCCGGGGGCUGAGGUAUGCUGAUAUGAUGUGCUGUCUUCUUUGUGGCAAAUUUCGUGACCACGAGGAUGAGGACUGCCCGGAUUUAAGCAAAUUCAUUGCAGAAGGCCACCCCCUUCUCAACCGAGUUCCUCGCAGCCCGUAAUCUUGCUGAUGGCGAGGAUGCUGUUGGAUUGUCUGGUCUUGGGAUUUUCUUCUAGUUUCAGCAGUCUGUAGUCUGUAUAUAUGUCUUUGAGUAAGCUCACCUGCCCCGUCCGUAGUGACUGAUGGCUGGCGGAUGGAUACUGUAUUUGGGUUUGGUUUGCUUGUGCUGGUCUUAGAAUAUUAAUACUUGAUUGUUCUUAUUUCUAAGUGGGAAGCCCUUUGCUUGUGCUGGCCUUGGAUGCAAAAGUUAUUCAAAACACAGCUAACUUGCACGUUAAUGAAACAAAAACAAACUUUUAGA